AUUAUUUUACUAUACUCUGAGAAAUGUCUUAUAUACCCCCCUAUCGCCGCCAGCAAUUUGCGGAAUCUGUAAAUGUUUCUUCUGAAUACCGAGAAAAUUCCUAUAGUAGGUCGACUGAAGACAACCGUAGAGGUUAUUCCAUUCCUUUUAAAAGUAAUAAAAGAUAUGGGCCUUCUACAGAGACGGGUUACAGAAGGAAUCAGGGCGAUUACUCCAACAAUAAUUAUGAUAAUAACUUUUCGGGUGCUUAUAGCCAGCGAGGUCCCGUUAGAUAUUACAGUCGUAAUGGCUCGGCACCUUGGGGAGAUCACUUCAGAUCUCGUUUAGAAAAUGGUUAUAAAACUAUAGAUCUUAGUAAGAUCUGGAAGGUUAUAAAACCUCGUAAUUCGGCUUUAGAAUCUAAAUUAUUUGGUACUUUAAGUACUGGUAUAAAUUUUGAUAAGUAUGAAGAUAUUCCGGUUGAAGUUGAGGGCGAGGACUGCCCUGAGCCUAUACGAUCUUUUGAGGAAGCCGAUCUGGCUGAAGUUAUACUCGAAAACAUUGUUCUUGCUCAAUACACGAAGCCAACGCCCGUCCAAAAAUAUUCUAUCCCAAUAAUAACGCGAGGCAGAGAUCUCAUGUCUUGCGCCCAGACUGGUUCGGGAAAAACAGCAGCCUUUUUAUUGCCUAUGCUAAGUAACAUUUGGAAGAGCGAUCCCCCUCAGCGCCCUCCCUCUGAGAGACCCGAGUUACGGACUCAGUACCCUGUCGGUCUUAUUUUAUCUCCCACUCGAGAAUUGGCUAUGCAAAUACACGAGGAAAGUUUGAAGUUCUCUUACCGUUGCGCGAUGCGGUGUUGUGUGCUUUAUGGGGGCUCUAAUACGAGUUUGCAGCUCAGAGAUUUGCACAGAGGAUGCCACUUGUUAGUGGCCACUCCGGGACGCUUGGAGGAUAUGAUUCAGCGCGGAAACGUUGAUCUUUCUCAAAUCCGCUUUCUGGUUCUUGACGAAGCAGACCGCAUGCUGGAUAUGGGUUUUGAACCGCAGAUCCGCGUAAUUGUGGAGCGGGAGGGCAUGCCGGCGAAGGGCAUCCGGCAGACCAUGAUGUUCAGCGCUACUUUCCCUAAAGACAUACAAAUUCUCGCUGAAGAUUUUUUGACGGACUACGUCUACCUAACGGUAGGCGCACUCGGUUCCGCCUCCGGUAACAUUACGCAGGUUGUCCAUUGGGUCCACGAGGAAGAGAAGCGCGAUCGCCUUCUCGAUCUGCUGGACGAGACCAGGGAAGAGGGGGCGCUCACUCUGAUCUUCGUGGAGACCAAGAGAGGGGCCGAUAUCCUGGAGAGAUUUCUAUGCGGCUCGCACUACCCAGCCAUGUCUAUUCACGGCGACAAAACCCAGCCCGAGCGCGAACGGGCUUUGCUGGCCUUCCGGGAAGGUCGCUCUCCCGUCUUAGUGGCCACUGCAGUUUGCGCACGUGGAAUCGACAUUCCUAACGUCAGGCACGUGAUAAACUUUGAUCUUCCUUCGGAAAUUGCCGAGUAUACGCAUCGCAUUGGGCGAACUGGGCGCGUGGGUAACGUCGGUAUGGCGACUUCUUUUUUCAACGAGAAAAACAUCAAUCUCGCGAAGGAUUUGAGGCUCAAGUUGCUCGAGCAAAACGUCGAGGUCCCGUCGUUUCUGGAGGAUAUGGCCUUUUCCCCCAGAUAUAGCAAAAGAUUUACCAAUCACUACUCGCGCGGAAGGUCUAACCGCCCCAGUGGCGGAUACAACCGCGCUGGAGGUGGCUACAAUGGUGGGGGUUAUGACAACCCCCGUUACCGCUAUGGCGGGCGGGGCGGGUCCUCGAAUGGCUCCUGGUUCUAAGCUCCUUUUUGUUUUCUUCAAGUUCAAAGAAUGUUUCUGUAUAUGAAGCACUCCGGCUUCCUUGGAAGGAGGCCGGCUUUAUUUUUCUAUACAUGCUGCAUUUAUAAUCAUU